UUCAGUUUUGGAGAUGUCACCUUUACUGAAAUCCGUCUGGACCUUCAAGAAUGGCUUCAUACUUUUCUUUACUCCUUUGAUCCUUCUUCCUCUUCCACUUGUUGUCGGUACAAGGGAGGCCAGCUGUGCCUUUGUCAUCCUGAUGAUGGCGGUCUUCUGGUGUACAGAGGCUCUCCCGCUGGCCGUCACCGCUCUGCUGCCUGCUCUCCUCUUCCCCUUGUUCGGAAUCAUGCAGUCCAAACAGGUGUGCAUGCAGUAUCUAAAGGACACUAAUAUGUUAUUUGUGGGUGGCCUGAUGGUGGCAGUGGCUGUGGAGCACUGGAACCUGCACAAGCGCAUUGCUCUGCGAGUGCUCCUGAUCGUAGGAGUGCGUCCGGCACUGCUGAUGCUGGGCUUCAUGGGUGUGACGUCCUUCCUCUCCAUGUGGAUCAGUAACACAGCCACCACAGCCAUGAUGGUGCCCAUAGUGCAGGCCGUGCUGGAGCAACUGAACAGCCAGGAGAGUGAGCCAGCACAGAUCAGCUGCAGUGAGGAGGAAAGCCUGGCUCCAGAUGCACAGUACAGCAAACCGGCCAAAUACAAAGGUGGACAAGCAGUGGUAGUGAGUGGUCUGGAAGUGUCAGCCGAGGCCGCCAGGUGCCAGGAGGCAGCAGAGAGAAGAAGGAUAUGUAAAGGGAUGACGCUGUGUGUGUGCUAUGCUGCCAGCAUCGGGGGAACAGCCACCCUCACAGGCACAGGCCCCAACCUCGUGCUCAAGGGUCAAAUGAACCAGUUGUUUCCUCAGAAUGGUGACGUUAUCAAUUUUGCCUCCUGGUUCGGCUUCGCUUUUCCAAAUAUGAUCCUCAUGCUGACUUUAGCCUGGCUAUGGCUGCAGUUUCUUUUCAUGGGGUUCAACUUUAAGAAGACAUGGGGCUGUGGGGCGGUGAAGACGGAGAAGGAGAUUGCCGCAUACAACGUGAUCCGAGAGGAGCACCGGCAGCUGGGGCCCAUGACGUAUGGAGAGUUCAACGUGCUGGCUCUUUUCUGCCUGCUCGUGGUGCUGUGGUUCACCAGGGAUCCUGGCUUUGUGGCUGGCUGGGCCACACACAUAUUCAAUUCUGACGCAGAGUACGUGACCGAUGCCACGGUGGCAGUGCUCAUCGCUGUGCUUCUUUUCGUUCUGCCGUCAAAGCCACCACAGCUCUGUUGUGGCCCACCUGUUGGAUCUAGCCAAGCACAGUCCACGGCCGUUCCUACACCACCUCUGCUCACGUGGAAGGUAGCCCAGAAGAAGCUGCCCUGGAAUAUAGUGCUGCUUCUGGGGGGUGGGUUUGCGCUGGCCAAAGGGAGUGAGGAGUCAGGCCUGUCCAGGUGGAUGGGUAAUCAGUUAACCCCCCUGCACAGUAUCCCUCCAUGGGCUAUUGUCAUUGUUCUGUGCCUCCUGAUUGCCACUUUCACUGAGUGCACCAGCAAUGUGGCCACAGCUACCCUCUUCCUUCCUGUCUUGGCAUCUAUGUCCCAGUCCGUUGGAAUGAACCCCCUGUAUGUCAUGGUGCCCUGUACGCUCAGUGCCUCUUUUGCUUUCAUGUUACCCGUGGCAACACCCCCCAAUGCUAUCGUGUUCUCCUAUGGCUACCUCAAGGUUUCAGACAUGGCAAAGGCGGGCAUGAUGAUGAACAUCAUAGGGAUUUUUUGUAUCACCCUGGCCAUCAACACAUGGGGCAAGGCCAUGUUCCACGUGGACUCUUUCCCUACAUGGGCCAACACGACAGGUUUGUAAAGGCCAGCACCAGACCUGAGUAAAAACGCACAGCAAACUGCUUAUCCUCCUAAACACCCUUUUAUACCUCACGGACCGCAGCAAAGGAGCUGUUCUUUUAGACUGGUGUGCUUUCAGAGCUGCUAUCAACUGACACAAAAGG